ACGUGAGGCGGGAAAAAGCAGGCGUGGGGGGAAGCAACGCAGAAAGAGAGCGAGACAAGCCCCGGAUUCUGCCCCCGCCACGCCCCGCCGCUUCGUUUCCUCCGCCGCGCGCCUCCUCACACACCCACUACCCCACCCCACCACCUCUCCCCACCACGGCGACCCGGUGCAUCCCCGGCGCCGGCGCCGGGUAGCUCUCACUGCGCGCGCGCCCCCCGAGGUGGCCGCCCCGUCACUCGUCGCGCGUGGACGCUCCAUCCAUCAAGGGGUGCGGGUGUCAUCUCUCCUGAGGAAGCGGCGCGGCGAUGGCCGGGGAGCAGGCGCCCGAGGCGUCGCCCAGGCCCGACGAGACCGACUACGGCUGCGCUGACCGAUUCGUCAUCCCCGCCAAGGGCGCCACCGUCGAGCGUCUGCGGCGCUGGAGGGAAGCUGCACUAGUCCUCAAUGCUUGUCGACGAUUCAGAUAUACGCUUGACCUAAAAGAGGACGAGGAAAAGGAACAAAUAAGGAGGAAGAUUAGGGCCCAUGCUCAAGUCAUAAGGGCCGCAUUACUUUUCAAAGAGGCUGGAGAAGAGCCGAAUGGUGGGGAAUUACCAGAAACUCCCCCACGAGGUUUUGGAAUUGGAGAGAAGCAGCUGACAGUGUUGACUAGGGAUCAUAAUUAUUCUACUAUUCAAGAAUAUGGAGGGGUUAAAGGGCUCGCGAAUUUACUGAAAACCAACUUAGAGAAGGGAAUUCAUGGAGAUGAGGCAGAUUUGUCAUGCAGGGCGAAUGCUUUUGGGGCUAACAGAUAUCCUCGCAAGAAAGGAAAGAGUUUUUGGGUUUUUCUUUGGGAGGCCUGCCAGGACUUGACGCUAGUUAUUCUUAUCAUAGCGGCAGUAAUUUCUCUAGUAUUGGGGAUUGCAACGGAGGGUAUCAAAGAAGGAUGGUAUGAUGGCACAAGUAUUGCAUUCGCGGUCUUUCUUGUUAUAGUCGUUACAGCUGUCAGUGACUACAAACAGUCCCUGCAGUUCCAAUACCUCAACGAGGAAAAGCAAAACAUACAAGUGGAGGUUAUUAGGGGUGGUAGAAGGAUUCAAGUGUCAAUAUUUGAUAUUGUAGUUGGUGACGUAGUGGCUCUAAAAAUCGGUGAUCAGGUCCCAGCUGAUGGUGUUUUAAUUAGUGGUUAUUCUCUUGCCAUUGAUGAGUCCAGUAUGACUGGGGAAAGCAAGAUUGUUAUGAAGGAUCAGAAGACACCUUUUUUAAUGGCAGGAUGCAAAGUAGCUGAUGGUUAUGGCACCAUGUUGGUAACGGCAGUUGGACUUAACACUGAAUGGGGUUUAUUAAUGGCUAGCAUUUCAGAAGACAAUAAUGAAGAAACUCCUUUGCAGGUGCGGUUGAAUGGAGUAGCAACACUCAUAGGUAUCGUAGGCCUAUCUGUUGCUGCUAUGGUCCUCAUAGUCCUCUUUGCAAGAUAUUUUACAGGACACACUACAAAUUCAGAUGGCUCUGGUCAGUUUGUUAAAGGGCAGACAAGUGUGAAAUCUACAAUAUUUGGAUCAAUAAAGAUAUUAACUGUUGCAGUGACUAUUGUUGUUGUUGCUGUACCUGAAGGUCUACCACUGGCUGUAACACUAACUCUGGCAUAUUCCAUGCGGAAAAUGAUGGCUGACAAAGCACUGGUGCGGAGGCUUUCUGCCUGUGAAACGAUGGGUUCGGCUACAACAAUUUGUAGUGACAAGACCGGUACAUUAACACUGAACCAGAUGACUGUUGUGCAAUCGAUUGUUGGUGGAAUGAAGCUGCAACCUCCUACUAUUGUUGAUAACUCGUCGAGUACUUUUGAGAACUUGUCACCUACUGUAAUCUCACUUCUACUUGAAGGAAUUGCACAGAAUACUUCAGGCAGUGUGUUUGAGGCAGAGGAUGGUAGUGUCGAGGUAACAGGCUCACCAACGGAAAAAGCAAUCCUUUCUUGGGGUGUUGAGCUUCAUAUGAAAUUUGUGGAGGAGAGAUCAAAAUCUGCUAUAAUUCAUGUUUCUCCCUUCAACUCAGAAAAAAAACGCGCUGGGGUUGCAGUGGUUGUGAGAGAUUCUGAUGUUCAUGUACACUGGAAAGGAGCUGCUGAAAUUGUUCUCGCCUUAUGCACAAGUUGGCUUGAUGUGGAUGGCUCAACUCAUGAAAUGACACCUGAUAAGGCUAAUCAACUCAAGAAACUUAUAGAAGAUAUGGCUGAGCAAAGUCUUCGAUGUGUUGCUUUUGCUUAUAGAAAUCUUGAUCUGAAGGAUGUUCCAAGUGAGGAGCAAAGAAUUAACUGGCAAUUGCCUGAUAAUGACCUGACACUUAUUGCAAUUGCGGGGAUGAAGGAUCCUUGUCGCCCUGAAGUAAGAGGUGCUGUUGAGCUGUGCAUCAAGGCUGGUGUAAAGGUACGGAUGGUAACUGGAGAUAAUCUGAAAACAGCUAGAGCGAUAGCACUUGAGUGUGGAAUACUCGAGAACUCUGAGGUAUCUGAACGAGAUAUAAUAGAGGGAAAAGAAUUCCGUGCUUACGAUGACGCUGAAAGGGAGAAAAUUGCCGGAAAUAUUUCUGUAAUGGCAAGAUCUUCUCCUAGUGACAAGCUUCUCCUUGUAAAAGCUCUUAAGAAAAGAGGCGAUGUUGUUGCUGUUACUGGUGAUGGAACAAAUGAUGCUCCUGCGUUGCAUGAGGCACAUAUUGGUCUUGCUAUGGGCAUCCAAGGAACAGAAGUAGCAAAAGAGAGCUCAGACAUAAUUAUUCUGGAUGACAAUUUUUCUUCAGUUGUGAAGGUGGUCCGCUGGGGUCGUUCUGUUUAUGCAAAUAUCCAAAAGUUUAUUCAGUUCCAGCUCACCGUAAAUGUUGCGGCUCUUGUCAUCAAUGUGGUUGCUGCUGUUUCCUCGGGAAAUGUUCCUCUGAAUGCUGUUCAGCUUCUCUGGGUUAAUCUCAUCAUGGACACGCUUGGGGCUCUUGCGUUGGCCACGGAACCACCAACAGAUGAACUUAUGAAGCGGUCACCUGUUGGAUGGAGAGAACCACUUGUGACUAAUAUUAUGUGGAGAAACGUGUUCAUUCAGGCUGUCUUUCAAGUUGUGGUUCUUCUGACUCUCAACUUUAGGGGCCGGAAUCUUUUGCAUUUGACUCAAGACACUCUCGAUCACUCCAGCAAAGUAAAAAAUACAGUUAUAUUCAAUACUUUUGUCUUGUGUCAGGUGUUUAAUGAGUUCAAUUCCCGUAAACCAGAAGAAUUGAACAUCUUUGAUGGUGUUUCAAGAAACCAUCUUUUCGUGGUAGUAGUGAGUACUACUGUUGUGCUGCAGGUUGUAAUUAUUGAGUUCCUUGGGAAAUUUACAUCUACAGUGAGACUCAACUGGGAGCUUUGGCUUGUUUCUCUAGCUAUUGCUUUUGUAAGUUGGCCCUUGGCUUUUGUUGGAAAAUUCAUUCCUGUUCCAAACACACCAUUGAAGGAUCUCAUCGUAAGGUGUUGGCCCAAAAGGAAGCAAGGUGACGAAAGAGCAUCACCACCGGGUGAACAAGAGUCACCGCCGGUGUGAGACUACCUAACCAAGUGUCCAAAAUUAUCAGAUGCUGAAAUUUAGUGUUGGUGCACAUAGAUGGUUGUUUACUUUGGGAUGCUGAUUUCUUCUAACCAUGCUACCUUUUUACCUGAAUUCUGAGGCUCCUUGCUGACUCAUGAUCUAGAAUUUAAAGCCAAUGUUAACAAAAGAUAUUCUCCUUGGCCUAACGAAGUUCAGGUCUUCAGGACCUCCAGCGGUACAUUGCAGAAGUUGUGCAACCGAUUCUGGAAUGGUGUAAGUCGGGAAAAUCGCUAUAAACAUUUUUUUCUUUUUUGACAGGAGUGAAGCGUAGCUCGUUUUCCCUAUAUUCUUUCUUUUUAGAUGUCGUCAAGAAUAUUUUGUCUAACCAGAUACUCGUGUUUGGUGUGGAGUCUGGUUGCCAUCUGAAUGCUACUGGGGUGUGGUUGUAAGGUUUGACUUCCGUAAUGUACAUUGGCCGACUUUGUUGAGUUACCUUUGGUAUUUGUUGC